AUGACCUUGGUGAUCAGCGAACAUGAAACAUAUUUUAAGCUUUUAACUAGUGCUUGCUUUGGACAUUCUGAUACUGUUGUCAUCAUCUCCCUUAUUGCACUUUACACUUUCAACAUUAUUAAAGUGUUAAAAUUCUUCACCGUAUCAAGUUCACGGUUAGCUUUUCAAACUCAACAUAGUUUUAUGAAACUCACUUCCCAAACACAAAAAAAAAGAUCAAAGAAAGCAAACAAAUGUUUACCCUGGUUUAAGUGA